GGGGUGUACGGGGGAGAAAAAAAAUGAUUAAUCUGUCAAAGGCGAAUUUGUUUUGGAGAUGAGAGCGCGACGUUAGAAGCGAGCUUAACGUUAGAAGCCCCCUCCCCACCACCAGGCACAGCGUCAAUUAAUGCGCAGGGUUUUUUUGGGAGACUGGGGUCGAGCCGAUGCGCCGCCAUAGCAGGUGGUUCUUGUGUAAUCGUCCGGGGUCUCGUCGCUCGUCUCCGCUGCCUGGUCUGUCGUUUCAGCACUGGACAGCGACCGGGACCGAGGGCCGCUGAGAACACCGAGGGAAUCCUGAGGCGGGUCGGUGCGACCCUCGCUUGGCUCGGGGCAAUGCGCGGCUAGAUGACUUCACUACAUCAACAAGCACCGCGGUAUCCCGGACUAAUAUAGCAGCGGCGCACACCCCCACCAUCCUCUCUCUCCUCUGUCCUCUCCUCUCUCUCGCCAUUCGCUGAUUCCGAGUCCCUCCGUCCCGAGGCACCAUGGGAAACCGUGGCAUGGAGGAUCUGAUCCCACUGGUCAACCGGCUGCAGGAUGCCUUCAGCUCCAUUGGCCAGGCCUGCAACCUGGACCUGCCGCAGAUCGCGGUGGUCGGAGGCCAGAGCGCAGGGAAGAGCUCCGUGCUGGAGAACUUUGUCGGCAGGGACUUUCUACCCCGUGGAUCUGGUAUUGUCACCCGUAGGCCACUGGUUCUGCAGCUUAUCAGUGCCACUGCAGAAUGGGCUGAAUUCCUCCACUGCAAAGGAAAGAAGUUCACAGACUUCGAUGAGGUUCGCCAGGAGAUCGAGGCGGAGACAGAUCGAGUCACUGGGGCCAACAAAGGCAUAUCUCCUGUCCCCAUCAAUCUGCGGGUUUACUCCCCACACGUACUGAACCUGACUCUCAUCGAUCUACCGGGGAUCACGAAGGUGCCAGUGGGAGACCAGCCUGCAGACAUCGAGCAGCAGAUCAGGGACAUGAUCAUGCAGUUCAUUACCAGAGAGAGCUGCUUGAUCCUGGCUGUCACUCCAGCCAACACUGACCUGGCCAACUCUGAUGCCCUGAAACUGUCGAAAGACGUUGACCCCCAGGGAAUGAGAACCAUUGGAGUUAUCACCAAACUGGAUUUGAUGGAUGAGGGCACAGAUGCCCGAGAUGUGCUGGAGAACAAGCUGCUGCCGCUGCGAAGAGGUUACAUUGGAGUGGUGAAUCGUAGUCAGAAGGACAUUGAUGGGAAGAAAGACAUAAAGGCAGCGAUGGAAGCUGAGAGGAAGUUCUUCUUCUCCCACCCAAGUUACAGGCACAUGGCUGAAAAAAUGGGCACCCCCCGCCUGCAGAGAGUGCUCAACGAGCAACUGACCAACCACAUCCGGGACACCCUGCCAGCUUUCCGCAGCAAGCUGCAGUCCCAGCUGUUAGCUCUGGACAAGGAGGCCGAGGAAUACCGUGGAUACCGACCUGAUGACCCGUCUCGUAAAACCAAGCAGCUGUUGCAGAUGGUGCAGCAGUUCUCUGUGGACUUUGAUAAGAGGAUUGAGGGUUCAGGAGACCAGGUGGACACAGUGGAGCUGUCGGGUGGAGCUAAAAUCAACCGCAUCUUCCAUGAGCGUUUCCCCUUUGAACUGGUCAAGAUGGAGUGUGAUGAUAAGGAGAUGCGACGCGAGAUCAGUUACGCCAUCAAGAACAUCCAUGGUAUCAGGACUGGACUCUUCACCCCCGACAUGGCGUUCGAGGCCAUUGUGAAGAAGCAAGUCAUAAAGCUGAAGGAGCCCUGCAUAAAGUGUGUGGACAUGGUCAUCCAGGAGCUGAUUAACACAGUGCGCCAGUGCUCCAACAAGCUGGAAUGUUUCCCAAGGCUGCGCGAGGAAACUGAGAGAAUUGUGACGUCUCAUAUCCGAGACAGAGAGAGUCGCGCCAAGGACCAGGCCUCCUCUCCUCCUGCAUCAGGCCUGAUUGUCAUCCGUAAAGGCUGGUUGACCAUCAACAACAUCAGCAUCAUGAAGGGAGGAGCCAAGGAGUACUGGUUUGUGCUGACUGCAGAGAGCCUCUCCUGGUUCAAGGAUGAUGAGGAGAAGGAGAAGAAGUACAUGCUCCCCCUGGACAACCUGAAGGUCCGCGAUGUGGAGAAGAGUUUCAUGUCCAGCAAGCACAUAUUCUGCAUUUUCAAUACGGAGUCGAGGAAUGUGUACAAGGACAAUCGCACCUUGGAGUUGGCCUGUGACUCUCAGGAUGAUGUGGACAGCUGGAAAUCUUCUCUGCUUCGUGCUGGAGUUUAUCCUGAGAAGACGAUUACGGUUGAGAGUGAGACCACCACCACCUCAGAUAACUUCUCUAUGGACCCUCAACUGGAGCGUAAAGUGGAAACUAUUCGUAACCUGGUGGACUCCUACAUGGCUAUUGUCAACAAGUGCAUCAGGGACCUAAUGCCCAAGGCCAUUAUGCAUCUCAUGAUUGGCAAUGUGAAGGACUUCAUCAAUGCAGAGCUAUUGGCCCAGCUGUACUCUGCAGGUGACCAAAAUGCCCUGAUGGACGAGUCUCAGGAGCAGGCCCAGAGGAGGGACGAGGUGCUGAGGACCCACCAGGCCCUGAAGGAGGCGCUGGCCAUCAUUGGAGAUAUCUCCACCUCCACCAUCACUGUUCCCGUGCCUCCGCCUGUUGACACAUCCUGGAUGGGAGACACCGUUGGUGGGCGCAGGUCUCCUCCAUCCAGUCCCACUGCCCCCAGGAGGAUGUCUUCAGGCCAGCGCCCAGCUCCCCGAGGGGCCCCGCCACCGCCAAAUCGCCCAGGACCCCUAGGACCUUUCAAUAACACUGCUGACAGCCCGCAGGCUCCCAGCCGCCCAAACAGGGCUCCUCCUAGCAUCCCUAGCCGGCGGCCCCCUCCGUCUCCUACACGACAAGUUCCACCAUAAUCAUCCAAAGAGGGUUCCUCUCCUCUCUUCUCCCUCCGUCAUCCUCAUCCCUCCUCUCUUAGCCAUGGCUCGGCUGGCUGUUCUCUCCUUAGUGCAGACACUGUCUUUGACCCCCUUUGACCCUCGAUUUCCUGCCAGGUGACGGUGUCCAUAUAUCUAUGUACAGUAUGGUACUUGUCUUGUGGUGUAUGUAAAUGUGCGCUUGUUGCUCGCCUGUGGUCCAGGUUUGCUUAGCAGAUCCACUACCCACCAGUCCCUGGGACCUCUACACCCCCCUCACGUACCCCUCACCAAGUCAGCCAUCAACUCCACUUGCUGCUUCUACAUGAAAAUACGCUCAGCAGUCGUACUGCCCUACUCAUUCCAAAAUGCAGCAUGGCACAUAAGCUGCUUUUAUUGCAUGGGAGUGUGUGUGUGUGUGUAUGUAAACAGGGGAGGGACUAAUUUGCCUAUAUGUAGGCUGAGUUUGAUUUAGUAUUGUAUUAAUUUAUUGUAUAUUACUACCCUCUCCCCACAGUAAGUGUUAAUUAUCAGCUUAAUGUUCUCAUAGGAACAGAAGUUGUAUCUUAGUAUGUGUGUGCGUGUAUGUGCGUGUUUGUGUGUGUAAGAGUGCGUGAGGACAUGUGUGCAUGUGCUGUCUGUCUGCACGUUUGUUGGCGUUUCAGUUGUAUUUGUUUUCAUGGUCAAAGCUGUUAAUGAUGAAUCAUAAAACCCCUGCAGUUAAAUUUAAUGUUGGACUUUUGUGAGUUGUUCCUGUGUUGUAGUAGCAGCCAUACACACUUAGCAAGGUUGAGGAGCACCUUCAGUAUUCUCUUAUAUGGAAACAGCCUCAAUAAUGCAUUUAACCUUGUCAUAGGUAUCCACCUGUGCUGUACCAAUGGUCAACUUGUGACCCAUGCAGCCUUACGCUCUGAUCCAGACACUGACUGCUGUGAUCUAACUUGCCACUUGAAAAAAUAAAGAAAUUAAUAAAAACAGUUGUGACUUAAUGUGGCAAAACACAAGUUGAAAAAAGAACAUGCAUUGCGUGUUUCCAUUUAGCCUAUUUCUCAGGUCUGACACAUGCAACUCCAUGCACAUCACACACUACCAAUCUCUUCUCUCAACUCUUCUCAUUUCCUCUAUUCAAAAACCAUCAAAGCCACGUCAGUCAGUCAGCAAGUGCAUCAGAGCUUAAGGUGCUGUUGUCAAUGUUCAAGUGCUUCUCUGUCAGGUUGUUAUUGUGUAUGUGGGCCCAAACUGUGUUCUGAUGUAUAUAGGUAAUGAUAAGGAGAUACUGUACCUGUGGACUAUAAAGACCUCAUCCAGGAUCCUAGCGCUUUAAUCGUUCUCUGUCUCUAUUCACUUAAAUGCUCUCUUCUCUCUUUAGACUGCCUUACCGGCAUGAAUAACAAUUCUGUAUUGCCAAAGCUAAAUGUAGAAAGAGAAAUGUGAAGUGGGGGG